ACUGUACUUGAUUCAAUACAAAACAUAGUCCAUUUAUUUAUUCAGUGCUUUGGCUGGAUAAAGAGGUUACUUUAACCAGGUGUAUAAUGACACCGCCAUAAGGAAAAAAUGGAAGAGGGGUUACCAGAAGCAGACAACCUCUCACGUAUCAAACAAAAAACAGAAGAAGAGGAAGAGAAGGGAGCUAAUGGUUAUGGUGGGGUUUUGAACAAUCUGAUAUCCAACUUGAUUGGUACAACAACAACAACAGUAAACGACAAAUCUGGUGAAAACAUGCCAAAAUCUGAAUGUGAAGAUGAAGAUCAUGAGAAGAAGAAAGAGAGUUCAGGUGCUGGAAUCUUGGAAAAUAUUAUUUCUCAUCUGCCAGACGAUAUUGAAGUUCCAACGACAGGGGAAGCAUCCAUGCUGAUCCACUCUGUGAUUGACUGAAGAAGACUUCAACCACACGUCAUUUCCAUCGUCUCUGUUGCUAGGACUUGUGAUUUUUGUGCUUCUCAGUUCUCUUAGAGAAACUCUUUGUUUUGUUUUUUUUUGGCUUCUUUGUGAAUUUGAAAUCUUCUCCAGAGUCCAGGCUAAACUUGAAUCCAUCAUGCACUUCUCUUGUCUAUUUUUCAGCUCUUCAAUCAAAAACAAAUAAAUAACUCUUUUUUAAUUUUGACAUCAACAAAUAAAUAACUUUUAGUUAAAUAAAUCUAUCUAUAAAUGUUGUGAAGGCAACAAAAAAAUCAAGUUAAAACAUGGAACAAAGAAACGUGAGAGUAAAAAGAAGAAAAAGAGUAUAUUUUGGUAAAAUACAAGCAGAUGGUGAUGUAGAUACAAUUGUAGCAAACGAUCAUUAUUUACACAAAACGCAAAAUAAACAGUUUUUUAAGGAGAGUCUUGUGUCUAAAUCCAAGUUCACAAAGCCUUUGGGACAAAUUCUUAUGGA